GUAUUCAAUAUCCUCAGAUAUUUAUGAUCAUGUACUCGCAAUUGUGAGAACUAUUCUGAACAGGUACAUAUUCACAUCCAUUAUAUUUUUACCGAAUAUGCUUAAAUAGCGCAUAUUACUGUGUGUUUUAAGCGCGAUAUGGUAAAAUAUUUAGAUCUAUUCGUUGAGGGAACGUUUAAAAUCGAUGCAUUGUGCAGAAAUGCCUUGUCAUCGUUAUGAAUAGAUUUUGCAGAUUGAUGGAACUGUUUGUGAGGCGAAUCGUGUCGAAGUAGACGCCCUUAUUCCAUUCAAUGUUUCGCGGUUUGAUAUCAGUUAGAAAGAUGUCUUGUGUAACAAAAUUUGACUAUUUGGUGUUAGGAGCCGGUUCUGGGGGUGUUGCAAGUGCUAGAAGGGCUACAGAGUUUGGAAUUAAGGCCGGUAUCAUCGAACAUGGAAGGCUUGGGGGAACAUGCGUUAACGUUGGUUGUGUGCCGAAGAAGAUUAUGUUUAGCGCAGCGUCAAUAGCUGAAGCUCUUCAUGAUGCUAAAGACUAUGGAUUUGAGAUCAAUGGCACUACUAAAUUUACAUGGAAAGUGAUUAAAGACAAAAGGGAUGCUUAUAUUCAACGAUUAAAUGGCAUUUAUGGCAAUUUAUUAUCAAAUGCAAAAGUCGAAACUAUUUUGGGCCAUGGAGUUUUUACUGGAGAAAAAGAUCCAUAUCCAAUCAUUUCUGUAGCAGGCAAAAAAUAUACAGCACCUCAUAUUUUGAUUGCAACUGGGGGAUAUCCAAUUAUUCCCAGCGAAAAAGAGAUUCCUGGUGCACAGCAUGGUAUUACAAGCGAUGGAUUUUUUGAACUUGAAGAUCUUCCAAAGAAAGCGAUUGUUGUGGGUGCAGGAUAUAUUGCUGUGGAAAUGGCAGGAAUAUUUAAUGCUCUGGGCUGUGAAACACAGCUAAUCAUUCGAAGGCACCAAGCACUUCGCAACUUUGACUCAACGAUUAGUGAAAAUGUCACCAAAGAAAUGGAAGCUGCUGGUAUAACAAUUAGAAAGUUCUCUCAUGUAAAGAGUCUAGAAAAGAUUGAUGGGAAAAUGAAGGUUACAAUCAAAUGUGAUGAUCCUUCUGGUGAAUGUAUUGAAGAAAAUGUUGGAUGUCUGCUCUGGGCAAUAGGAAGAAAACCUCAAACUGAUAUUGGUCUUGAUAAGAUCGGUGUUAAACUGGAUGCAGGAAAAAACAUUGCAGUUGAUGAAUUUCAAAAUACCUCUUUUCCUGGAGUAUAUUCUGUUGGUGAUGUACAAGGAAAAGCUCUUCUUACACCUGUUGCAAUUGCUGCUGGUAGAAAAUUAGCACACAGACUUUUUGAUGGUAAGACAGACUGGAAAUUGAGCUAUGAAAACAUUCCGACUGUCGUGUUUAGUCAUCCUCCUAUUGGCACAGUUGGCAUGACAGAGGAAGAGGCAAAUAAAACCCAUGGUGAAGCAAAUAUCAAGAUCUACAAAACAAACUUUUUGCCAAUGUAUCACCAGAUGACGGAAAGAAAAACAAAAUGUUUAAUGAAAUUAAUUUGUUUGCUACCUGAUGAAAAAGUAAUUGGUUUACAUAUGCAAGGUCAGGGUUGUGAUGAAAUGCUCCAAGGUUUUGGUGUUGCAAUAAAAAUGGGAGCAACCAAGGCAGAUUUCGAUAGUUGUGUUGCCAUACAUCCAACAUCAUCAGAAGAACUUGUGACCAUGCGAUGACUAGAUGAAGGCAGUGCAAGAAAUAUCUCACCUACUUCUAAAAUGUAACAUGCACUUUAGGAUCGAAGCGGUUUCUACACAGCAUAUGAUCAAUUUUUAGCGCAAUGAACGAAAAAAUAUUUUGCGUACAAAAUCAAAAUACUAUUAUCAUGUAGCACCUUCGUCAUAUUCAGCCAAAGUUAUCUAUUGUCGAAUUUUUCUUAUUUGCCUAAAACUUGUGUUCUGGAAUGAUAUCCAAUCUGAAAUUAUUUUUUUACAUACGACGGAUUCAAUCAGCAAUCUCUGUGGGGUAUUUUUACAGGAAAUACCAUACUAAUAAAUAACUACAGUAGUUGGUUAGAAUAGAAUCUGACAUCCCUAUCGCAUUCUCAAUGUUUGAAAAGAAUUUGAAAUUUCAACUGAACAAUGCUUGCAUUUCGAUUUACUAUGCCACUUUCAGGUUGUAUUGACUAAAUUAAUUGAACUUAUAUGGCAUAAAUUCUUGGAUUUUGCAAGUUUGUAUGAAUUGCUAUGUUUUUCAACGAAUUGGUGACGGGAUGAUGUCAGAUAUGUUAUGAGAAAUAUGUGUGUACUUAUUAUAGAUCAUAAUUAUAUUGUUCAUUCCGAUUAUCAUAUUGUUAUUUUAUUCCUAAGAACAUAUACUUAUGUAAGUAGUGUUCUAGUGACUUAAUAUCCGAGCCACCAUAUAAUUUAGGAUAGAUUCCUAAUUCCUUUUUUAAAUACAUUGUUGUAAUCAGAAA